AUGGAUCAUUCCGACAAUCAUGUCGCAGUUUCAUCUUUUUCAUCAUCAACUAGUUCCAAUCAUCAUCAACAUCACCACCACCAUUCCUUACGCACUACUUCAAGUAAACCCUCUCAUUUUGAAUGCUUCUCAACCAUCGUGUUAGGGUGUGGAGGAGAAUAUUCUACAGGUAGUACUAAUAGUAAUGGUGGUAGUGGUGGUGGUAGUGGUGGUGGUAGUGGUGGUGGUAGUGGUGGUGGUAGUGGUGGUGGUAGUGGUAGGACUAGUGCCAUCACCAACAAGUCGCCAAAGACUCCAUCCCUCCAACUAGUACCGACAAUGGUUCCUUCGACGAGUACCAAUACUACUAUUACUGCUACUACUCAUUCUCCUCACCUGCUGCAACAACAACCUUACCAACAACAUUUGUGUCAUUUGUCCUCUAUUGAACUUCAAAUUAAGAAUUCCACUCAGAGAUUGAAGACCAUUACAAGUGGUGACUAUCAUUCCUUUUAUUUGUAUGAAAAUGGACAUGCACAAGCCAUUGGUGAUAACUCUAAAUAUCAAUUGAAUAUUCGACCAUUCACUCUCUCUCAUGUGAAUCAUUUGAGAAGUGUGAACAGAUUUGACAUUUAUAUUAACACCAGUAACAUCCAUAAGGAUGAUCACAACAACAUCAUCACCUCCAGAAUAACUCAACCACCCAACUCAAACAUGAUGAUGAUUGCAAAGAUUGCAUCUAAAUACGAUCACACUCUCUUCCUCACUCAAGAUGGUCAAGUCUAUUCCUGUGGAUGUAAUAAUCAAUAUGGUCAAUUAGGAACUGGAACUUUUUUACCCUCUCAUGUUCCCUUUCCCAUUCAAAUGAAUUUUAGAACAUGUUUACAAAAGCAACAAACACCACCAUCAUUAACAUCAUCACUCAAUGAAACAAUUCAACACAACCAACAACACCCCAAGAUGAUCAUGGUGACACUAAUUGCAACAGGAAAGGAACAUUCCUUAUUUGUUGCUGAACAUAACCAUCAAAGUAUCUUGUUUGGAUGUGGAUCCAAUCGAUAUGGUCAAUUGGGAAUGAAUCAUUUAUCAACAAGUGUGAAUGUGACCAUUCCUCUUGAAAUCAUGUCCUUUGAUUGGAAUUCCAAUAAUGGGAAUGCAAUUGACAUUCACCAUGAGAAGGACUUGUCAUUGAAUGAUCCUUCAUCAUCCUUCUUUUCUUCUUCCAAUCUGAAGAAAAUUGAUUGUGGACACCAUCAUAGUGCUGUACUGUGUCAAAAUGGUGACUUGUACAUGUUUGGAAGAAAUGACAAGUGUCAAUGUUUGAUUUCCAAUCGUCAGAAUAUCUCUCACAAGAAUUCUCGGUCAAAUCACCACCACCACCACCUUGUCGACUCUAUUACAAAACCUCGAAUAGUUCUCUCUCACAUUGAGGAUGUGAGUUGUGGAGAAGAUUUCACAGUGGCAUAUUCCCAUUCCUAUUUGUACAUUUCAAGAAAUGAAUAUCCUUGUAAUAGAAAUAAUGGUGGUAAUGAUGAUUGGGGUGGUAUGAAUGGUAGUAGUAGUUGUAGUCCUACUUCUCUUGUAGAACGAACAGAAAUUUCAAAAUUAGAAUCAUCCAUGAUCAGAAUUCCUCUUUCAACUCUCUUUAAAAUGAUCCUAAAAGGAAACACACGCUCGAAAAAGGUCACAGUGUGUGGUUUGGGAACUUUGUCACAUCAUAGAACUGUAUUACUGUUGAGAGAAAAUUUAACUUUAGAACAACCAUAUUCUGAAUUUUUCACAAGUGUCAGCAAUCGACUUGUUCCUCCACUCGAAGAGAUUUAUUUGAGUGUUUUAAAUGAACAAGGUCAAUGCAUUCUUUCAUGGAAAUAUGGAAAUUGUAAUAAUACUAUUGAACGAUGGAUAGAUUCAAGAGAUGAAUUAUCCAUGAACGUUGAGUAUACUCACUCAUUAGAAGAGAGAAGAAAUUGCUCCUUCAAACCAAAACAUGAUUAUCCUUGUCAAUGUGGAGCAUGUUUUACGACCAAAGUCAUGAUGAGUUGUGGAAAAGAAAAUGUAACCAUUGUGAUUGAAAGGUAUUGUCAUUUGUUGUAUCAAGCAUUAUGUAAUGAUCAAUGGUGUGAUAUUAAGGUUGUUGUUUUAGAAUAA